AUGGGAGACACCCUCUCCAUUGCACAGAAACCAUUUGCACGCAAGACAUCCGAAUGGCAAGGAAAAGACACCAAAUCCCUCGCGUCAAUCAUCGCGGAGGUUAAACCCCACGUCUUGAUUGGGACGUCCACAGUCCCCGGUGCUUUCAACAGGGAAGCCGUCCAGGAGAUGGCAAAGCAUGUCGAACGGCCAAUAAUAUUCCCGCUCAGCAAUCCAACACGUCUGCAUGAGGCCAAACCAGAAGACCUCAUCCGCUGGACUGAUGGUCGAGCUCUCGUUGCAACGGGAUCCCCUUUUCCGCCAGUCAAGCACAAUGGUAGAGAGAUCGAAGUGGCGGAAUGUAACAACUCUGUCUGCUUCCCUGGGAUAGGUUUGGGUGGCGUCUUGUGUCGAACAAAAUUGGUGACGGAUAAGAUGCUUGUCGCUGCUGUGACUGCGCUGGCCAAGGAAGCCCCGGCCAUGCAAGAUCCGGAAAAGGCACUUGUUCCAGGUGUUGAACGGGCUCGGCCAGUCAGCGUUAAGAUUGCUAUGGCAGUGAUUCGAUGUGCAGUGGAGGAUGGACUGGCACAAGCGGCAGAUAUUCCUGUCGACUCUGAUGAGGAAUUACAAGAAUGGGUCGAGGCACAGAUGUGGGAUCCAGUCUACCGUCCAUACGUGAGGCCUUGA